AUGAGAUGCCCCGAGGCUCAGAAAACCGACUACGCAUCGUAUCAGCUGAUUGGAGAAGCACUUACUUGGUGGACUAGUGCAAGAACUCUGCUGCGAGCUCAGAAUGUUGAACUGACAUGGGCCGUGUUCAAGCGAGUUUUCCUGGACAAGUAUUUUCCUCAGGCCAUGAGAAGGAUGAAACACUCCGAGAUGUUGGCACUGCGUCAGGACAACAUGACGGUUAAUGAAUAUAUCUCUAAGAUCGGGCAACUGAUGGAGUACGCUAACUUCGACCGCAACAUUUAUGAUGAACCAUGGCAGGUGGAGAAAUAUGAGAGCGGGUUACACCCAGAGAUCCGCAAGCUCAUGUUGACCACUGCAAAUCGGACAUUGCCUGAAGUGAUUAACCAGAGUAGGCAGGCGGAAGCAAUCAUCAAUGAGGCCAAGAACUUGAAUAAGCAACCAACCCAGUCUCAGGGAGGAAGCAGAGUUGGCCGAUUUUUUAAGAAGAUUACCGGAAUGGGAAGAGGCAAGAAUCCUCAGAUGCAAGCUCGAGCCGGAAAUUUCAAGAAGAUCAAUGCUCCUGGUCAGACAUCUACUGGAAGACAGAAUUAUGCUUGCCCUUCUUGCGGGAAGAACCACACUAGAGUGUGUCGUCGAGCAAAUAACUUGUGCUAUGCUUGUGGACAGUCAGGGCAUUUUGUUUCCGAUUGCCCGCAGAAUCCUAGCAAGAACCCUACUCAAGCUCGGGUAUUCACCCUUGACGCCAAUGAAGCUCAGAAAUAUCCGAACCUGAUCAAAGGUAACGUGAUUUUAAAUGGUUAUCCUAUGUCUGUUAUUUUUUAUUCGGGAGCAUCGGGCUCUUUUAUUGCAAAGCACACCGCUCUAAGAAUAUGA